AUGUCUUUGCACAUCUACAUCGCUCACACCGGUGAGCAUUUCCUGACCGAUCCGGUCUCGUUCGCCUCGCCGGACGCACUGCGAUCAUGGAUCACCCGCAACACCACCAUUCCGCCCCAGAGGCAGAUCUUAAUGACCGCCCGGGGGAAAAACGUCAAGAUCCAAACCCUUGCCACGGAGAGCGAGAUAUUCGUCUACGAUAGGCGGUACGUGACCGAGCCUGCCAACUUCGAGCUCCCAGAGCUGCCGCCGCCGCAACCGCUCAAUGCCGACAACCCGCCCGAUACCCUCACGGACCAGAAUGACCUACAAGCGUGGAGGAACCUGUAUCUGGCUAGGAGGACGUGGACCGUGGAACUCACGAAACGCUGCGAGUCCGUGGAUAAACAGAUACAUGAACACAACGAGCGCACCGACAUCAUCAACCGAGCUGCCAGUGUCGCUCUCGAGAACCUCAAGACCCACGUGGGAACCCUGGAACAUCGGUUCCAGGAGGCUCAGACAUGGGCGAACGACUUGAUAAAGGAGCAAGAAGCGGCGCUUGACGGAUGGAGAAAAGCACUUUCAACCCUGGACACCGUCCCGGCUCGGAAGGACUUCUCCUUCGUGGGCCGUCCGUCAACACCAACAAAGAGUGGCGAUAGGGUGAUGGGGACUCUACGAAACUACGUGGAUGUGGAGGAGGUGCAGAAGGCGGGCUCGGAGGCGCCAGAGGUGUCUGCGCGCUUUGCUCGUCAAGUGACCAACAUCGAGGAGAAAGUCGAGAAGAUUGCUGCAGAUACCCAGCGCCUCAUCGAGGACGCGUUUCCAGCAGGCGUCGAUGGCGUGGAGGGCCUAUUGCAGGAAGUGGAAACGUUAUCCAAGAAGAUACAGUCCGACUAUGAACAUGUUCUGGCCCUACCAAAUAAUCCCAAGACGCUGGCGAAUAUCUCUAGGCUUGCCCUCAGUCAUACAAAAGAUCUCCUGCCAUCACUCUUGGACGUUAGCAACGAAAUUCAGUCUAGCCUAGAAGAAGCCGUCGAGCGUUAUAAUGCGGCAACGAAGGCUGCUUCUAGUCACAUGCGGCUCAUAUCUUCUAUCGAGUCAGGCCUUGCUGAUGUCCAGGCUCAAAUCACCAACCUGAACUUUCAAAGCGAUGCGUUUGACGUCAUCUACUCAGUCUUCCACAUGCCUCUAGUUUAUGGGUCUGUCCUGAUCGAGUCCGUGCGGCGUCGCGAGUUCAAUGACAAGAUGAAGAAUGACUCGCUGACUCUGGCGGAGGAGAUGUCCGUCUUCCGGGACGAGGAGCAGCGCCGGAGAAAGAAGUGGAUGAAGAACAUGGGUGAUUUCAUCUCCAUGUCAGAUGCUACCACCCCUGGAAUCGAAGUUAACCUGCGGGGCCAGGAGCAGGAAUGGCCUAUGGUCAACAGAAAAGAGGUUGAGUCUUACAUCGAGGACCUAAAAACUAAGGCCGGUAUGGGGAACUUGGCGCAAGACUUGACGCAGCUUUACAAAGAAUUGGAUGCCCCAACGCGCGUACAACGCCGCAGAGCAAAGGCUUUCAAGCAAGGAAGUCUGUUCGACCUGAGCCGGAGCUCACUUUUGCUUCGGAGUGAUGACAUGGUUCGCAGCCUGAGGGACGAGAAAGGCAAACUUGAAGAGAGGCUGAAAGGCUCCGAGAGCCGUAUCCGGAAGCUGGAAGAUCUUCUUCAUCGCCAAAGCCACAUGAGCCGGCCUUCCAGCGGCAAUUUCUCAUUGGACUUUCCCAGUUCGCCGGCGUCGCCUCACCCUGAUGCUCUUUCGAGAAGAUCAUCGGUAUCAUCGAGGCGGAUGUCAUCCAAUCAGUCCCCCGAGGACAAAGCUCUUGUCCAACGCAUUGUCCUUCUCGAAGCUGAGUUGGCGACGGAGAAAGACAUGGUGCAACGGCUUCAGAAGGAGGCGCAUGUUGAGCGCAAAUCCAACACCGACAAGAUCGAGGAGGCUCAAUCGACAAAGAAAGAUCUCAUUGGCAAUCUAGAAGCGCGACAGCGUGAGUUUGACGAUGAGAGAAGAUUUCUGGAGGGCGAACUGAAAAGGCUAAGAAUCCGGACCGAGGAGCUCGAAGAGGAACUGGACAGGAACCUUGAUGGUCGCGAGCACGAGAAGCAGGACGCCGAUGAACGGAUACACCAGCUUGAGAUGGAACUUCAAGAUGCCCACUCUCGGGCCGAAGGAGAGCUACGAAGGGCCCAUGAGAUGAUUGAGCAAGUGCAGGCUGAGAAGGAUACGAGAGAUAACCUCCGGGCUCGUCUCGGCGAGCUAGAAAGUCUCGCCGCAAAAAAUGCAAAGAAAGAUAAAGAGAGCCACCACGCGCUGCAAGCCGCUCUCCUGAAUCUCUCGCCUGGAGGCUCUGUUCCUGCUGAUAUUCCUGAAAUUAUCAAGGCAAUCGAGGUGCUGUCCGAGGGACUGUCGAUCCACGCCAACAAUGCAGAAGAAAGCGCCACGAAAGCGAUAGCCGAAAGCAAGGCACUUGAGGAGCGCCUCGGCCAGAUGGAGUCUGAAGUCGAAGAGUUGAAGAAGAGCACGGCUGCGCGAGAGUUAGACCUUUCCCGAGCCCGCGAUGAGCUGACUCAAGAACGAUCGAAAUUAAGCAUCGUCUCGUCCGAGCUGGACGACGAGCGAUCCAAGCUCAUUGCAUUGCAGUCCCAAUUUGCUGCCGGAGAGACUGGCUCCGAUGCUCUCCGAGAACGCGUUACUCAAGAAGAGCGGAAGUUGACAAGCCUGUCUCAAAGGCUGGCCGAGGUUGAGACCUUCGCUCGCCAGUCCGAAGAAGAAGUCACAGCCUGGAAGAAGAAAGUGGAAGCUGUGUCAGAGGCGGAACAAAAGGCGAUCGUGCGGUUUGAGACUUGCGGGUUCAGGUCCCAGGAAAUAUCCAAACAGCUCUUCGCACAGGUGGAGAAAUUGGAGCAUAUGCUGGAGCAAUUAGGAUUUACCAUCAUUCGUCAAGACGGAGACAUCGUGGUCCAAAGAUCGUCCAAGGUCAAUGCAAUCUCCGUCACUGGCGACGUUCUUAGCCAGUCCGGAGUGGUUUCUGUGAGGCCAGAUGCGAGCCUUCUGGACUGGAUGCAGGCCGACAGUCAGGAGGAAGAGACAGACAGGUUCAUGGCCUUCAUGGAAUCACUAUAUCAAUUCGACGUGGACAUAUUUGGCGGCGCGGUGGUCAAACGUGUCAAGGACAUUGAAGGACUUGCUCGCAAAUGGCAGAAAGAAGCCCGGGGGUACCGUGACAAGUACCACCGGGUCCAGAGCGAAGCUCACGAUAAAAUCGCAUAUCGGUCUUUCAAGGAAGGGGACCUUGCCCUGUUCCUGCCCACUCGAAACCAAACGAUCCGGUCAUGGGCUGCGUUCAAUGUCGGCGCACCGCACUAUUUCCUACGCGAGCAAGACGCUCACAAGCUCCAGGCCCGGGACUGGCUGCUUGCUCGCAUCACCAAGAUCGAAGAACGCGUGGUCGAUCUCUCCAAAUCAUUGAACGGCGCCAAUCCCGACCGCCGAUCCAUCGGCGAGGUCAGCGACGGCACCUCACUCGACGAAGAAAACCCCUUUGAACUGUCCGACGGUCUCCGCUGGUAUCUCCUCGAUGCCACGGAAGAGAAACCCGGUGCUCCAGCUACCCCCGGCCUGGGCAAGAGCACCGUUGCGCCGGCGCACGUAGACGCCAAGGGCAGCAUCCGCUUGAAACGUACGUCCGCCGGGGGAAAUGUCGCCAGAACAUUGAGCAAGAGCCUCGACAGCCGCCGGAACAGCUCUAACUCCAAGAAAGGGACUUCCACGCCGCUGCAGCGAGGCCACGAGUCAGCAGCAGAUCUCUCCAGACAGGCCCAGCAGGACACCGCUGCCAGCUCUCAGUCACGGGAGGCAGCCCCCAAACCUGACGAGGUUCGCCGCGACCUUCUCUGGGGUCCGUGA